UCGUUAUUCAGUCUUAGCAGUCGGUAUUCGCCAUGCAUUUGUCAGGCUCGCGAUAACCUUCGUGAGAACUCGCCAAAUCUGAAAAAAAAUCGCGGCGAACCGUUAAUAACCGAUGCAGGAUAUAUUCAAAGGCACCCUCGGGUCAUCCAAAUGAACGGAUAUGCAACGAACUUACGUUUCAAGGCAUGGACGCCUGCAGUACCAUGCAAAAUACCGGACAACAUUGCGUCUUCGAGCUAUACAACAACGAGAGCGUUCAUACCGUCCUAUGAAAAAGAGAAACGACCUUGCAUAGAACAACUACUCUCAAAUGAAUAUCAACGAAUUUGGUGGCAGGAAAAACUAGCUUGGGAUAAGACUGUAACUGAUAAAAAAAUUAUAAGCAAAAAGAUAUUACUCCGUAAGAUGGUUAAGAGAAAAGUACCAACAUGUGUGACUGUUAAAUAUUCAACAAGAAAAGAGCGAUUGAAAGAUAAAAAGAGAGAAGAGUUUAAAAAGAAAUCUGACGAGAAUCUUAAAACUGAAGAGACAAUAUUUGCAAAACAUAGCGAUACAAAAUUUAAAAAAUGCGAAGAGACAAAAUCUGAGAAACAGGAGGAAACAAAUUCAAAGAAUCAUAAAGAAACAAACUUAGAAAAGCCAGAGGAAACAAAAUCAGAAAAGAAUUGCGAAGAAAUAAAAUCAGAGAAUCGUGAAGAAACAAAAUCGGAGAAUUGCGAAGAAAUAAAAAUAGAAAAUCGUGAAGAUACAAAGUCACAGAAUUGUGAAGAAAUAAAAUCAGAGAAUUGUGAAGAAACAAAAUCAGAAAAGUCCGAGAAAGAAAACCCUCAAGCAGAAUACAAAGAAACGAAAUCAGAACAAGUCGAAGAAGCGAAAUCAGAAGGACGCGAAGAAACGAAAUCAGAAGAAUAUAAGGAAAUCAAAUCAGAAUGUGAAGAAACGAAAUCGGAAGAACGUGAAGAAACAAAAUCAGAAAAAAAUGCGGAAGCAAAAUCGGAAAAGCGUGAAGAAACACAAUUAAAAAAUAGCUAA